AAAAUUUGAACGUACGAAAAACAUUUUUUCGCAGUAAAUAAGUUUGAAAUUUAAAGAUGUAUCGCGGAUUUGAAGCAAUAAAAACUUUCACAAGGUCAAAUUAAUCACUAUUAUGGAGCAAGUCCACGAUCUCUCUGAGGCUCUCCCAUCGCAGGCUCCUCUUAUUUACCAUGUCGAAGUUCUCCAAGAUCCUUGCAGCACGGCUCGUCCAGGCGUUAUAAAAGAACAUGUGAGGAAGUUUUUGAUGUACGAGGCAACAGUUUAUGGUGACACUACUUUCACAGAAUUCACAGAUGGGUUUUUAACCGAGCAUGUUAAGUCUGUGUGUGUCUGUGAUACAGAGAUGGUGUCCAAGGACAGACAGAGCAAUCUCAAGAACAGCAAGCUAGCAAUCCAUGUUUUCCAGCUGCAUGAUGAUGGGCCAGCUACUGAAGAGUUAGAAGAAGAUAUCGCAGCUGCCAAUCACUGGCUUCUUCCCUGUGAGGAUUUUCAUGGAAUCUGGGAUAGUUUGAUAUUUGAUUCAGAUGUAAAAGCCCAGCUGAUUAAUUAUGCGAUGACAACUUUACUCUUCUCAGACAGGGGUGUAAAUAGUAAUGUAAUAUCAUGGAAUCGAGUUAUACUUCUUCACGGUCCACCGGGAACUGGUAAAACAUCUCUCUGUAAAGCUCUGGCUCAAAAGCUGAGCAUCAGAUUGUCAGAUCGAUAUUCUUAUGGCCAGCUGAUUGAAAUAAAUAGUCACAGUCUGUUUUCAAAGUGGUUUUCUGAGAGUGGUAAAUUGGUAAUGAAAAUGUUCCAGAAAAUCCAAGAAUUAAUUGAUGACAAAGAUGCACUUGUUUGUGUUUUGAUUGACGAGGUUGAAAGUUUGACUGCAGCUCGUAAGUCAGCAAUGCAGGGCCAAGAGCCAUCAGAUGCAAUAAGAGUAGUUAAUGCUCUGCUUACUCAAAUUGAUCACAUUAAAAGAUUUCCCAAUGUAAUCAUUCUCACCACCUCCAAUGUUACGGGAGCUAUUGACUUAGCAUUUGUUGACAGGGCAGAUAUCAAACAGUACAUUGGACCUCCAUCUGUUAAUGCGAUAUUCUCCAUUUAUCACUCCUGUAUAACUGAACUUAUGAGGGCUGGAAUUAUCUCACCUAUACAGCAGAUACUCGGCAUAAGAGACUUGGAGGUAUUGCGUUUCGUCAGUAAUGACGCUACAAAUCUUAGCCUGGAGCUUCUUGAAAUAGCCAGGAAAAGUCACGAGUUGAGUGGCCGGACUCUCAGAAAGAUCCCGUUUUUAGCCCACGCACGACAUAUUCAGACUCCUACAAUCACGCUUCCGGGCUUUUUGAGCGCACUGUCCUGGACGGUGGAUAAGCAGUUUGAAGAUCGAGAUAAUCUCAAAAAUGAUGAUUGACAGCUGUCCAUCUGCUCAGAAAUAAGCACGUGCAAAAAAUGAAAUACUGUGCAACAUGGGCAGAGCUAUGCUUUUAAAGCGGAUUUUAAUGGUUGCUAUGACUCCUGAUGGCCCAUUCCUUCUUUGAUACAUGUCUGCAGGGAAUCAUGGUAGUUGUAUUCAUCAUCUUGGACCGGAUAUUUGUUCUGAAGAAUACAACUACCAUGAUUCCCUACAGGCACGUCUCAUAACGGGAAUUGGCCAUUGUUCCGCCAUUGAGAUCAAAUUGUACAAUGCCAUUCCACUUUUCCUACGGUCUUACUCGCUAUUAUUUCAGUUGCACUGUAUUGUUUGCCUUGAAAAUGUUCGCAUUGCCAUAGAUGCAAUUGUAAUACGCUGUAGAGUGAGCCAUGUGUUUUUAAUGACUAGCGCGGAACGGGAACCAGAGUAGUCUAGUAAGAAGCUACGCCUAUCCAGUUGCUACGGCGGCAAAUAACGUAAUACAACGUAAAACAACUAAAUUGAGGCAAAAACGCUGAAGCAGUCGUAAGCGCCAAAAAUAUAUUUCUUAGCCCAAAUCACGAUUGACGUUACCUAAAUUAUGAAUGGGCACCAUAAGACCCCUUUCAGUUAAUUCCCAAUCUGGAGGACAAAACCAUAAGAUUGUUUUGCAUUUGAAAGAUUUGUUUCUCUCAGGGGAGAGAACAACCACUGUUUUGUCCUCCAGAUUGAGAAUUACUGAAAUGGGUCUAUUGGUCGAUAAACAUGGUUGUUAUGAUUGGUUACAAUAGAACACUUAAGCAAACAAAGAUAUUGCUAAUACUUCCCAUAAAAAGAUAAUAGAUUUUUACACUUACCUGCCGUCGUGGCUGGAAUGUCUCCGAUACGGAGGAAAUCCUUUCGAAAGAAUUGUAGUCAACGUAAAUUUGUGAUAGCUUUGAACUAUAUUUUGUAUUUCCCUUCUUUUUUAGUACAGUGUUGGUUUUAUUACCGUUUUCAGCAAUAGCUCAAAAAGCUGCCGAAAAAGUCACCCGGUAGCAAUGUGUUUUGCGUAAGUAAAAACGUGAAAUUGA